AUGGGUCGCAGGGAUCAUUUCAUCGAAACAAGAGUUGUUAGCGGCGAUGAAUAUUUAACAGAAAACGUCGAGUGGGCUGAUGCUGUUUUUUCCGUGGGUGGUGAUGGAACUUUCUUGAUGGCUGCAGCUAAAGUAACUGGUCAGAAGCCAGUAAUCGGUUUUAACUCCGAUCCGGAAGGUUCGGAAGGCCAUCUUUGCCUUACCGGGAAAUCAUUUCAUUCUGUGAGUGAAGUAAUAAGCGAUUUGUUUAAAGGAAAAUUCAGUUGGAUUCGGCGGCAAAGAAUUCGUGUAACUUUGUUGAAAGUUGUGAACGAUGAGCGAUUAUCUUCGGAAUCUGAUGAUAAUGAAAAUGGAAGACAAAUAAAUAAUGGUUCAUUUCGCGCUUAUAAUCCAGGCGUUCCUUUGCUUGCAUUAAAUGAUGUCUUCAUGGGAGAAAUUCAUGCUGCUAGAGUUAGCUCCUACGAUGUUCAAAUUGAUAACAACCCUGUCAUUCGUCAGAAAAGUUCAGGAUUAACAGUAUCGACCGGAACCGGUUCUACGGCAUGGUACUACACUAUUAAUCGCUUAUCAGCUCAAGAUGUUGGCGAAAUUUUAUCAAUAGUGAAUUCGAUGGGCUUGAUGAAUAUUGAAGUGAACGAUCAACAAAAUAAGGAGAUUUCUGAACGAUUUAGUCAAAAUUUGUUAUUCGAUCCAAGUUCUCCAGAAAUGGCCUUUGCUAUCCGGGAACCAGUAUACAAUAAAACAUUCAAAGAGAUUCCUCCGCGUGGAUUUGCUAAACGUAUAUUCUUAAAAUCGAGAUGUAGCGAUGGUCAGCUUGUUCUUGAUGGUAGCAUAACCGUGCCUUUUAAUGAGGGAUCAGAAGUGCUUUUAGAAAUAUUUAACGAAGAUGCUCUACUUUCGGCCAUUCAAGCUUGA